AUGGUGAAAUCUUCGAAAAAAUCUGUCAAACCUAAAUCACGUUCAAAAAUGACACGUGAAAAGAAAAAGCAAGCAAAUUUUGGUAAAAUUUCUAAACAAGAAAAAAAAUUUCAUCAAAAAGUUAAAUUUAAUAUACCAUUAAAAAAGAAUUCUUCAAUUUAUCAAAAAAAUAAACCACAACCAAAAAACCAACAAAAAAUCUCAUCAAUGGAAACUGAUAUUAACGAAGAUGAAGAUGAUGAUAGUCUUAUUUUACCAUUAGAUAUGCUUUCGGAUGAAGAAAAUGAACAAAUCAAUAUUCAAACAGAUGAUGAAGCUGAUAAUGAGUAUGUUGAAUCAUACGAACGUUUACCACGUUCAUCAUUUAAUAAUGCAAACCAACAACGACCAUUAUUACCAAUUAAAACAGAUCGUGGACAAUUAAUUGCUCAAUCAACACCCAUAGUUGAACAAGAAACCCAAGAUGAUGAAGACGAGCAAGAAGAAGAAGAAGAGCCUACAUCAGCUCUUUCUUCUCCUCCAACACCAUCAAAACCUGUUUCUGUUGUUGAAUUAAUAGCUGAACGUGAUAAAAAAUUAAAUGAAACCAAGCAAACAAUUGUUACAUUAUGUGACUUAAUUAUGAAAAGUCCUUAUGAAGAAGUAUCAAAUUUAAAACAAUUACGUCUAUUACUUAAUCUUGGUGAUCCAUUAAUAUCAAUGACAAUAAGAAAAUUAACAAUGCUUUCGUUAGUCGAAUUAUUUCGUGAUAUUGUACCUAGUUAUCGUAUACGUUCAUUAAAAGAACAAACUAAAGAUGAAAAUGAAGAAAUUAAAAAUAUGAAAAAUAAAAAACAAACAAAUAGAGAAACUUUAUCUAAAGAUGUUAAAAUGAUUCGACAUUUUGAACAAACUUUACUUAAACAUUAUCAAUAUUUUCUUCAUUUUCUUGAACAAUGCGCUAAAAAAAGUCUUCCAGAUAAUCAUCUAACAAAAAACAAACAUAAACAAAUUAAAACAAUCGAACCAUCAAAACUUAAUCUUGGACAUUUAGCUAUUCAAUGUUUAUGCAAAUUAUUAACUUAUUUAUAUCAUUUCAAUUUUCGAACUAAUUUACUUAAUGUUAUCGUGCAAUUUAUGGCUAGUAGUGAUUUGACUGUACAACAACAAUGUUGUAAUUGUAUUGCGGAUCUUCUUCAUAAUGAUCAUACAGGUGAAUUAUCUCUUGAAGUUGUUCGUUUUGUAACACGUUUAUUAAAAACUCGUUCCUAUGCUGUUGAACCAUGUGUACUCAAUGUAUUUCUUUCACUUAAUAUUCGUGAAAUAUCUCCAAUAGAAGAAAAAAAGCUUGAAAAAGCAUCAAAGCCAGAUUAUCGUUCACAAAAAUUAUCACGUCGUGAUCGUCGACAACAUAAAGAAAAACAAGAAUUAAAUAAAUUACUUGAAAAUAAAACUUUAGCUAAUCGUCAAGAACACCGUUUAAAAUUAAAUCGUCAAAUAAUUGAAUUAAUUUUUUUAAAUUAUUUUCGUUUAUUAAAACGUCGUCUUAAUUUACGUUUAAUGCCAAGUGUAUGUGAAGGUUUAGCUAAAUUUGCUAAUUUAAUUAAUAUUGAAUAUAUGGAUGAUUUAAUAACAUGUUUUUAUGAUGAAUUAUCGUCUGAACAAACUGGUUUAAAUCAACGUGCUAAAUUUCAUUGUUUAAUAACAGUGUUUUCAAUAUUAAAUCGUCAGCAAGUAUUAAUACAUAUUGAUCCACAAAGAUUUUAUGCUUUAUUUUAUUCAUUACUUUUACCAUGUCCAUCCGAUAUGGAUAUUGAUCUUGUUAUUAAACUUAUACAAUUAAUGUUAAUUGAUCGUUAUAAACAAUUAUCAAAAAAUAAAUUACUUGCUUUUAUAAAACGUUUAUUAACAAUGAUAUUACAUUUACAAUUAAAUAAAUCGAUUAGUGCAGUUUUAGUUAUGAUUAAAGCAUUAUUAACAAUUUCAACAUUAGUAACUGAACAAUUAUUUGAUAAUGAAUUUUCGGGUUCAGGAAUAAAAUAUCUUUGGGAAUUAAAUGAUCCGGAAUAUUGUCAUGCACAAAAUGCAACAUUGUAUGAAUUAAGUUUAUUAAGAACAUCAUCGGAUAAACAUGUUCAACAACAAUGUGCAGAAAUUUUAAGUGGAAAAUUUCAAUCGGAUACACAUGUUUUACGAUCAUGUCAAGAAAAUGCUUUCGCAUAUCUUCAAUUGACUGAUAACAAUCAACAGUCAGAAAAAUAA